ACUGCGAAAACUUAUGGUCUCGAACAUUGAGAAGUAGUACUCCAAUGGAAGUGGUGGUGGCACUUUUUGAGAGGUUUAGAAAUUGGAACAGGUUCAGGUUCGGUCUGCGCUCUCAAAAAAUGAAAGACAGAGCCCUUCCCUGAGCUGUUGGAUACAGUGGAGUGGUGAGUGUCUUUGUUUCUCAUUUCUCACCUCAUUACUUAAACGACACCGUAUCUUAAUUCCUCUCUCUCUCUCUCUCUCUCUCUCUCAUUCGCCAUGAUCGGCUUUAGAAAACCCAGAUUAACAACAUUCACAUUUUUCGAUGUCAACCUUAAACCCUCACUAAACCCUAGAUUUCACACCACAAAACCCAAACUUCCCUCAAAAUCCACCAUCAAAGAAGCCCAAUCCGCAUUACUAGAAUAUCUUCAUUCCACAAGAAGCUUGCAGUUCUUAGACGCAGACAACAUGUGCAAAAACUCACCUUUUUUCCUUCAAAAUCUCGUCCAGGAAACCCUAAAAAACGAUAAAUCCUUAAACACCAAGCGCUCAAUUUCUCGCUACCUGCGUUACCACCCUAUCAACGAAUUCGAACCCUUUUUCGAGAGUUUGGGUUUGAAGCCUUCUGAAUACGCACCUUUUCUUCCCCGCGGCAUGAUUUUUCUUUACGAUGAUACCCUUUUGAUGGAAAAUUAUCACAUUUUGUGUAACUAUGGUGUUCCUCGAUCCAAAAUGUGGAAGUUUUUCAAACUAGCGCCUCAAGUUUUUCGCUUUGAAAAUGGGGUUUUGAAUUCGAAGCUUACGGCUUAUGAAAACUUGGGUAUUGGAUCUUCCAUUUUAGUGGAUGCUAUUACUGUUAGUCCAUGCCUUUUGGUUGGUGAUGUUAAUGUUGAAUUUGUUAAGGUUGUGGAGAAGUUGAAGAGUAUUGUUUCCAAAUGUGGUGAUGGUGACAGUUGUUGGAUAGAGUGGCAUUUUUUGGAUGAGGCUUCUUGCAAUUGGGGCUUCAUGCUUGAGGUUUUGUGUUUGCUUUCAAAUGUUGAUUUUAGUGAGGAACAGUUGGCUGAGAUUAUUCGUCGUCGUCCUUGUGUUGUUUUCGAGGAAUCGGGUGGUACUACACUCUCCAUGAUUGGCUUUUUGAUGAAAUUUGGAUUGUCUGUGAACCAAAUUGCUCUCGUGUUUCUCGAGUUUCCGCAGAUUCCGAUGGUCAAUUUUUUCGCCAACUUGAGGCGGUGCUUUCAGUUGCUUACACAAAUUGAGAUGGAAGCUGCAGAGAUUGGAAAGAUUUUUCAGUCUCACACAUUAUUUGUAGGUUCCUUUACUCUCAAGACAACAAAGAGUUUGCUCGGUUGCUUGAAUGUUGGGAAGCGGCGUCUCUGUAAAAUGGUGCAGGAUAAUCCUCAUGUAAUGAAAAAUUGGGUUCUUGGAAGAAAAGUUCAGCCUUUAGUUAGCACAAAGGAAGCGGAAGAAGAGAAAUCGAGGGCGCGGAAGAUGGAGUUCUUGACGAGCUUAGGAUAUGUGGAAAACACGAAACAAAUGAAUUCUGCGAUUAAAGUUUUCAGAGGUAAGGGAGCUGAGCUUCAGAAGAGAUUUGAUUUUAUUGUUAAAGCUGGUUUGACGCGUGAGGAUGUUUGUAGAAUGAUUAGAGUUUCGCCUCAGAUUCUUAAUCAGAAUACAGAUAGGGUCAAGAUGAAAAUUGAGUAUCUUGUUAAGGAAGGAUAUUCUGUAUCAGAUUUAGUGACUUUCCCAUCUUAUCUUUCAUAUACACCUAUAAGAUUUAAGCUUAGGAUGUCAAUGUAUAACUGGCUCAAAGAACAAGGAGCUGCAGAGCAAGGGCUUGCUUUGAGCACCAUAAUUGCAUGCACAGAUAAAGUAUUCAUACAACAGUAUGUAAAUCGUCAUCCAUCUGGCCUUCAAGUUUGGGAAGAUUUGCAGAAAGAAAUUCAAUCUGAAGACGAAUGAAUCAUAGUCAGUUCUGGCAUGCUUAAUGAUGGUUUAAUCUGGCAAUUUCUUUUACCAAUUGAACUGAAAUUGGUAUUAAGAAAAAGAAGUUUUAAAGAGGUCAGCGACAGCAAUUUGGGCCAUGAUAUCAAAGUUUUUUAUGUCUUUGUUCCUGCAAUGUGACUGCAAUUGAAGCCGCAUUAGACGCAGUUGACUACAAUUUUUUUUGCAAUAACAAGAAUUGCAAAACCAUUGCAAUUGCUGACACGAAACCAAUGGGGACAACUAAAGAAUAGCAGCAUUCAUGAGCAAGCAGCAUAGAUACACCAUCUUCACUGAAUGUAUAUGCUCACUUGCCUCGAGGACAUUGGAGAUUACAAUUCAUGUGGUUCUGAUCCAAAGUCAGGGGACCCAUAUUCAUGAGAAACUGUAUUAUUUUUUUUAAUAAUUGUAAACUGUAUAACCAAGUUCAUUGAGUUAUAGGCUAUCAACAUUAACAUGACUCAUUUUUCCCCACCAUAGGAGAAAAAUACAUGGAUUCAGGUUCUCUGCGAUCACCAAAUUUUGACAAUUGAUAAAAGAUCGAAUGAUCAUAUUUCGAGCUGUAUUUCAAAUUUAAUUCAAUUUAUUGAUUGAAAACAUGUCUGUUCAGACAGAAAA